AUGAUUCGAUUUGGACAGAAGUCUAUCAUCUUCCUGAUUAACAACGGUGGUUACACCAUUGAAGUAGAGAUCCACGACGGGCCUUACAAUGUAAUCAAGAACUGGAAUUACACUGCAUUAGUAGAUGCAAUCCACAAUGAUGAAGGAAAUUGCUGGACAACUAAGGUACAAUAUGAAGAAGAACUAGUUAAAGCAAUUGAAACUGCAACCGGAGACAAGAAAGACUGCUUAUGCUUCAUCGAAGUGAUUGUUCACAAGGACGACACCAGCAAAGAGCUACUCGAAUGGGGUUCUAGGGUCUCAGCAGCGAAUAGUCGCCCUCCCAACCCGCAAUAG